CGUGUGUUUACACCUUUUGUUGUGUACCGCCUAGUCUCCAUGCCGCUGACAAAUUAGGUGUCAACUGAAGUUUUGUUCCUUGUGGCUCACUUCCUGCACUAGAAACAGCAGGGGCUGUGAUCACGGUCAUCGCCGUUUUGACCGACUUUUGAAAAACUUUUCGUACAAUUUGACUUGAGACAAUGAGAAAAAUCAAAGUCCUCGUUAGACGUGGUCGGUAUUCUCGCCGUCAUGUGACUUUCGUUUGUAGCGUUUUUCUGUUCGGAGUAACAUGUCUUGGAUUGAUGGCCAGUGUUUAUUAUGGACAUUACGAUCCGAUUAAUUUGUUAUCCAGUGUUGAGGAUUCCAUACGGGGACAGUUCAGACGCUGGUCACCUGCAGGAUACCAGAACAUCCACAGCAGGUUGAAUACGGCACUCCAUGAAAAGGAGGGUUGUAUGGCAUGUGGAGGGUCUAGGCGCAAGGCAAGGAGCAGCCCAGGAGCGGCAGCCAAGCCAUCGCAGGGCGCAGUCACACCUGCGGGCACCUCGGGAUGGCCGACAUGCUCCCUCAGGUGGGCAGCAGCAAGUGGUGCAGGCCCUGCGAAGCAGCUCAACUUCUCCGUGUCUGUGCUGACGACGGCGAGCGACCUGCGCCCCUCAGUGUUUGGCCGGCUGAGGUCCCACCCCCUGCCCUACGGGUGGAAAGAUGUGCCAGAAGAGACAAUAACGGAGGCCGUGCGGCUCCUCAAUGACACCUGGAGUAGUCGACUGUUCGACCGCGGCUCGCAAACCUGCGUCCGCUGCGCGGUCGUGGGAAACAGCGGGAUCCUCGCUGGCUCCGGGCAAGGCACGGCCAUCGACAGUCACCACUUUGUGUUCAGGGUGAACGGAGCGGUGACCGAGGGCUUUGAGAAGGACGUGGGCACAAAAACCUCAUUUUAUGGGUUCAGCACUAACUCCAUGAAGAACUCACUGAUUGCGUAUUACAAAGAUGGCUUCCGGAAGGUCCCGCAGGGUCAGGAUGUUCACUACGUGUUUAUCCCUGCACAUUCUCGUGACUACUUGAUGCUCACUGCUGCCAUCAGGGGGAUUCCAGUGACCUCAGGGCCGGACAAAGGUGACCAUCCCUCGCAAUAUUUUGGAACUAACCAAGGAGCCAAUCAUUUCAAGAUCCUCAGUCCGGAAUUUAUUAAGUACAUCAAAGAUGAGUUCCUGAACUCAUGGCAGAUGAUCAGUUAUCCCGAAGUGUACAUCCCGAGCACAGGGGCCCUGAUGCUUAUGACUGCAUUGCAUAUGUGUGAUCAGGUCUCAGCCUACGGUUUCAUCACUGAGAAUUACAAAGACUUCUCGGACCACUAUUAUGAUGCCAUCAAGCAGCCCGUAGAAUUGUACGCCAACCAUGACAUCUUAAUGGAGUUAAAACUGUGGGCAGCCCUCCAUGCCCAGAAAGUCAUGCAGCUGUACCAGAGACCAUCAAACCACUGAGGCAUUCUGGGAUUGUUUCGUUGUAGGUGAAGCAGGAACGAAGGAAGCUCUGCGCCUCUUAACCUCACUUUUUUUUCCCCUGGUGCACCAAUACUGGACGUGGCAGGAUGGAUGUGUGUUACUGUUUCGAAGGGGAGACGCGUCUGAAUCCGUAUCCGUUUCAGCUGGUCCAUUUUGUUCUGUCAUGUUCUGUCAUGUUCGAUCAAGUUGCUGCUCGAUUUUUCUCAACUGACCCGUUCAAGGCCCGACUUGGUAGAGCUGAACGCGUCUCGACCCAAACAAGCUUUAGAAGGAACGGUCAAGUCGAUUUAGGCCGAGGUACAAAUUGAAAAAACAAAUGGACAGACCCAUUUGAUGUCCGCGUUGGUCGAGGUAAGAGGUCUUCAGGUUCCAGCUUCUACUGUAUAUUUCUGAAAAACUAAAACCAAUGGAAAUCAGCCGGUAACAGAGGUAGCUACUGUGUCCUCUUUCAUUUCUCUCUUAUGCCUUAUAUUAAUGCAAAAAUAAAACCCAUUAGGUAAACAGUAACUUAAAUAGUAAAACACAUAGAUAUAUAGCAUCAGUCUUUUGGUUCAGACCGGCUGUGGGACCGUUUUUGUACAUAUAAAAAAUUCCCUGAAAAGCAAUCAGCUGAUUUUUCAGUAAAUAUUCUUCAGACUAACAUUGAUGACAAAGUCAAACAUCAAUGGUUAUAUUAGAAGAAGGUUUGCAGCUUGGGUCCUGUGUCAUACACUAAACUGCCGGGCGUGAUCUUUAUUAAUUAAAAGCGAGUGAUCAGUGCAUUGAGUGUACACCAGCUAGUGUCCAUCCAGCUAAUACCAGGUAGGACCCACCUUUUCCCUCCAGAAUUGCUUUGAGGAUGAACCAGUUAUGUAGGUGAAGCCAUUUUGCACACCUACUGUUGUACUGAGCUGGUGUUUUAGAACUUCUGGCUUCCCUGCUGGCUUUAACGAUUCCGGCCGUCACCCUCAGACCUCUCUCAUUAGCGUUUUUUCCGCAGCGGAUAUGUCACUGACCUGAUAUUUUUUGUCUGUCACACUGCUCUCUAUGAACCAUAGACACUGUAGUGUAUGAAAAUUGUAGAUGGUGUCUAUUUCUGAAGUGCUGGACCCACAUCAGAUGGCACCAACUGUGACACCGCAUUCAAAAUAUCUCGAUCAGGCGUCUUAGGGGCUCCAGCACUGAGUGGACCGGUAAGGAGUCUCUCGAUGUAUGUAUCCAGUUUCAGUCACAUGACCCGCUGUUUGGAGGAUAUUGUGCCGUUCACAUUACCAAGCAGCUGUACCUAAUAGACUGGCCCUGAGUGUAUUUACGUAUUUGAAAUACUCCCUGCAUUACAGCAGUGACAUUCAGGGACUGGCCCAGUGUCACCCUCUGCUAGCUCACCAAUAAGGUCUUAGGAAGACUAGGUUUUUUUUUUUUUUUUUUAAUUGUUUACAUUUGUAAGCCACACGUUUUCUUUACUGGUGGUACAAAACAAACUGCUGGGUGAAUAUGUUCAACUGGAAUUGUAUUUAAUGUGCAGAGAAUAAGCCAAGUUUUUAAAAUGCUUUUAUUCCCACAUUUUGACAUAUGAGGACAUUUGUCCAAUAACAGCAUGGAGUGACACAUGGGAUGUUUUCUUGAGCCAAUCAGAUGGUGCAGGUCUCAUAUGUACAUAGCGGCUGGGUUCUGAUGCUAAAUACUAUGAAACUUUUUUUAAUGUGUGAGGCUUCCUUGUUCUUGGCUAAACAGCAGUGAUAAUAAAGGAAACCAUAGAAAUUCCCCUUGAAUUAAUGUAGCCCAAUAAGUUGUAGGGAACCUACUUUGUAUAUAAGAAGAUUCACCCAAAGAAAUGUAUUAAGUGCUGUUUUUAUUGUGCUGUUUAGAUAGUGAUGAGUGACUUAUCUCUUCUUGAAUGGUGAAUAUUAAUGGGCAGACUGGGGGCUUUUGUCUCGCUAAACCCAAUAAUCGAGCAGUGGUUUGUUUGAAAAGAAUAAUAAUUGAUGGAAUUUUUAAAAAUGCAUUCCUGUGUUAUUAUGUAAUUGUUAAGCCUUCCAAAAAUGUUUCCUCAAUAAUGUAAUAGAGGUUUUAUGUAGGAAUUUCACUCUGGGGAAAGGUGAGUGGCUGGUCUGUAAUGUGUAAUUUUUUCUGGGUGACGUAGAAGGUUUUUACCUGUUCAGGCAUCUGUCUGCAAAAGCAGGUGUUGGGGGAAGAGGACCACCUUCUCUCUGAUCUCAGGAAAGCGUCUUUACUUCCUGUCUUGAAAGACGAUGACAAACCUGUGGGAGGGUGGGCUUUUUUUUCCCUCCCCGCCUGGAAUCUUUGCAUCUUGUCGAUUUGCUCAGCACAGAAUAGCCAGGACUGGCAAAGACAUCAUCAGACGCCGGGCACCUACAUCAACCACAAUCCUUAAACCUCUCCAAAGAUUCAAUCCAUCCCAAUCGCUGUCUUUUUGCCCAUCUGCCAACUGGUAAAUAAUACAGGACUAUACAUGUACACACUA